UAUAAGUUAUAACAUUCUUCUUUUACCACAGUAUGAGCUCACAAUACGAAUAUACUAAUAAAUUUAAACGUGAAUAUCAAUAUGACGAUAGACGAAAGAAAAAUAAAAGUAAUAGUUCCAAAUCACUACCCAAACAAAGCUAUAACCAAGAAAUUAUAUCAACUGACAGAGAAGUAAUUUAUAAAUCUGAUAAAGAUUAUGACAGUUUCUGUUUCACUAAAUACAAACAUGAAUUAAACAAAAUAUUCUCAGGGAAUUUGAAUACAGUACAGGACACUGAUGAUUUUUGGAAAUUUGUUAAUAAAUAUGAAACUGUACAAAAGAAACUUAAUACUUCUGAUGCUGCAGUUAAUUUUUCGUUGAAUGAUAUUGGUGUACCAAAGAUAUAUCACAAAUUACAUUGUAUAAAUUUCAAACUGAGUUUAAACUUUAAUGAAUUAUUUGCACGCGUUCCUCCAACUGAAGCAUUAACAAAGGAACAGUUAUCAAGAUUUCAGAACAUAAUAAUUUUGUAUUUAGAUUUUAAACAGAAAGAAAAGUUUGCUAAAUUGAAGAAGCUUAGAGAAUCACAAGCAAAUUUGCCAGUUUAUCAGUAUAAGAAAAAGAUUAUAGAAACAAUAAAAAAUGAAAGAGUAGUUAUUAUAGCUGGUGAUACUGGUUGUGGAAAGUCCACUCAAGUACCACAGUAUUUAUAUUCGGCAGGCUUUCAAAAAAUUGCUUGUACGCAACCCAGGAGAAUAGCUUGUAUAUCAUUAGCCAAACGCGUUGCCUUUGAAACACUGACAGAGAAUUGUAACCAGGUUGGAUAUCAAAUUCGUUUUGAGAAACAAAGAAAUCAAGAUACUAAAAUUACUUUUAUAACAGAAGGACUUUUGUUAAGACAGCUAUCUGGAGAAUCUACUGUAUUACCCUAUGAUGUAAUUGUUUUGGAUGAAGUACACGAACGUCAUUUACAUGGAGAUUUUCUUCUUGGCAUUAUGAAGUGUAUCAUUAAUCAAAAACAGGACUUAAAAUUAGUGCUAAUGUCUGCUACCAUUAACAUUGAACUUUUUGGUAAUUACUUUGCAAAAGAGGAUGUUAAAAUAAUACAGGUUCCUGGAAGAUUAUAUCCCAUUCAGUUAUUAUAUAGACCUAUUACCAUAGAAGAUUUUCGGUAUAAAAAUGAUAGAUUCAAUCCAAGCCCUUACGUACAAAUAAUGCAAAUGAUUGAUCAAAAAUAUCCAGUAAUUUCAGUUGAUGAAAAAGGCGAUUUGUUAAUAUUUCUAAGUGGAAUGAGUGAAAUUACUGCAGUUGUAGAUGCAGCAAAAGAGUAUAGUCAGAAGAAAAAUAACUGGAUUGUUUUACCGCUUCAUAGCACUUUAGCUAUUAGCGAACAAGACAAAGUAUUCGAUUACGUUCCUGAAGGAGUAAGAAAGUGUAUCGUAUCAACGAAUAUAGCUGAAACUUCUAUUACUAUAGAUGGAAUUAGAUUUGUUGCUGAUAGUGGAAAAGUAAAAGAAAUGAGUUAUGACCCCUCGUGUAAAAUGCAACGGCUAAAGGAAUUUUGGAUUAGCAAAGCCAGUGCCGAGCAAAGGAAAGGAAGAGCUGGUAGAACAGGACCUGGAGUUUGUUAUAGGUAUAUCAAUAAAUCAUGUUAUAGUUUUAUAACAUGUAUUAAUACGAGAAUAUUUCCAUGUAGAUUAUACUCGGAAGAAGAAUAUAUGGGGUUAGAAAAAUAUUCAACUCCAGAAUUACAACGCGUGCCUUUAGACUCCUUACUUUUACAAAUGAUAGCCAUGGGACUUCCAGAUGCGCGAAAAUUUCCUUUUAUAGAACCACCACCAUCAGACAGUAUAGAAAACUCUAUUUUAUCAUUAAAAGAACAUGGUGCACUUACAGAUAAUGAAAAGAUAACGUGUAUUGGAAAAACACUUGCACGUUUACCUGUUGAUAUAACAAUAGGGAAAAUGUUAAUAAUGGGUUCAGUUUUUCAUCAGGUUGAACCAGUACUAUCCUUGGCUGCCGCUUUAAGUAUACAAACACCAUUUACAAAUAGAGCGUACAGAGAUCCAGAAUGUGAGACAUCUAGAAAAAAAUUGGAAUCUGAUCAUGGUGACCCAAUAACAUUACUAAACGCAUUCAGAGAAUGGUUAGAAAUGAAACAACAAAAUUCUCAGGAAUCUAGAAGUUCUGGCAAUAGCAGUAGAAAAUGGUGUAAAAGAAGAGGCUUGGAAGAACAAAGAUUUUAUGAAAUGACGAAAUUAAGAGCACAGUUUAAAGAACUACUUCAGGAUUGUAGCUUAUUAAAAAAUCUUCCGGAACCAAAUUCUUCCAUGAGUAGUGCAGAGCGUGCAAUUAGACAUGGAGAACUGAAACUUCUAAAGUCUUUGAAAAGAACUUAUAAGCAAAGUGAACCCAGAAAGCGAAAACAAUUAAAAUUGGAGACUUUUGAUAUACACUUAGAAGAUAAUGAUAACGACGAUAAAGAAAUUGACAUAAAAGAUGUUGAAUUUCGUAUGAGAAACGAUCCAAGUCAAGUUCAAAAUUUAUUGGUCGCAGCUAGUGCAUGCAGUUAUAAGGAUUUAACAAUGUUAAAGUUAAUAUUGUGCAGUGGUUUAUAUCCACAAUUUGCAUGUGCCGAUGAAUUUAAUUAUUGUAAGUCAAUGAGUGAACAAUUGUUUCAUACAAAAGCAAAACCGUAUAUUGCCUUACAUCCAAUGAGCUUCUUUGGAAACCAUCCACAAAUACUACAGUUAGAAGAAACUGAUAUUGUAUCAAUACCAGGAUUCAAAAGUAAAACUCCUGUUAGUCCAAAACAUACAAUAUUAGCAUAUUUAUCUCUUUUAGAAACGACAAAGCCUUAUUUAGUAAAUACCCUUAGAAUGCCUGCUGCACAAACGUUACUUCUGUUCGCACGUGAAAUUGAUACGAACAGUACAUUUUCAAUAAUUGUAUGUGAUUCCUGGUUAGCAUUAGAAUUUCCUGUACCUGAUAGCGGUCAAACGUUAUUAAUGAAAGCUACUAAAUUACGACACAAAUGGGAUUUUUUACUAAAUCAACGCUUACAAGAGCCAAACACAAAUGAUAAUGAAAAACAAGAUUUUAGUGAAAUCGAGUACACACUUACUCAAGAAUUGAUUGACUAUAUGCACACCACAGUUCCUUAUACAUUAAAACGACUUUUACCAGCCGAUUUGAAGACAAUCUAUGUGGGAAGCACCGACAACAACGUAUCUAUAGAUCCUAAUCCAUUUCAGUCAGAUUUUCAAGUAAUUUCCAAUUCAACUAAAGGGGGAGUUCAUUUAACAAAUACCAUCACAUAUAAUUGUUUGAAAGAAACUGAAUGGAGUGAUAAGCUUUUUUUAGAAAUGUCAGAAACAGAAUGGCAAUGCCAUAAUUGUAAUAUGCAAGCAAUUCUUACAAGCAUACAAAAGUUACAACAUCAACAGUCCUGUAAUAAGCAAUAUACAAAGGAAAUUGAAAAGCCUUCUAACAAUAUUAAACGUAAAUCCAAUACACAGACUUACGAGUGUCCUGACUGCGAGCAAAUACUGCAUCUAACACCAAUCGAAAUACUUAAACACAAGAAGUCACAUAUUAAAUGAAUCUUUUUUUU